GCGAGUUCGUGCGACACAGGUUUCCACCGAGCUCGUCGUAUCGACAUUGAUUUGGAGGAAGGAGAGGUGCUGUUUGUGCCCGGCGGUGCCCCACACCUUGUCGUCAAUUUGACCGACACCGCGGCCUUUGCUGGGAAUUUUCUCGAUGACUCUAAUUUGGAGGCGGCCAUGGCAGACAUCAAAGAAAUGGCUGCCAAUGAGCAGAAGAAGAAGGCCGAGCCGGGGCCAAUGCAAGGAUUUCUGUCUGCGCUGGAGGAGAUGGUUUUCGAUCCGGACAAAGCCAUCUGCGAG